AUGCUAGAUCGAACUCACGAGGACUACACAGUUGGCUGGAUCUGUCCGUUGGAAAUCGAGCAGAUCCCCGCCGUGCGAAUACUAGACGAGAUUCACCCUUGUCUCGGGCAGAGUUCGACAGACUACAACACAUAUAUCCUCGGCAGCAUUGCGGGAUACGAUAUCGUGAUUGCGGGCCUGCAUCUACAGGGGAACAAUCCAGCAGCAUCGGUCGUCAUGCAGAUGCGAAACACGUUUCCCAAUAUCCGCUCCUUGCUUCUCGUUGGUAUUGGUGGUGGAGUGACCGUUGAGACGGAUGGCGGAAGAAUCCGCUUGGGCGACGUCGUCAUUAGCAAACCAACGGGCGAGAACCCUGGCGUUGUCAAGUAUGAUCGAGGCCAGGCUGAGGCUGGGAGAUUUUUUCGCACCGGUGCACUUCCUCCGCCUCCCACCGUACUUCUCAAUGCUGUGGGAGAUCUGGCGCAAGGUCGCUUUCGCGCGAACAAUGGCGACAGUGACCCUGUGCUGCGGAGGUUUCAGUUUCCGGGCCGCGUGAGCGAUAACCUUUAUCCAAGCGACUACAUCCAUCGGCAAGCAGGUGUCUCUUGCAGCUGGGCUAGGUGUGAUCCGACAAAGUGUAUCGAAUAUGACGAGGCGAAGGAUGACCGCGUCAGGGUCCAUCGAGGCGUAAUCGCAUCCGGCGAGCUGGUUGUUGAAGAUGCCAUCGCAAGGAACCACUUAGCAGCGCAAUGCGGUGUUUUGUGUUUUGAGAGAGAAGCAGCCGGUGCACUGGCCGAUAUUCCCUGCUUGGUCAUCCGGGGUAUCUCAGAUUAUUGCGACUCCCACAAGAAUGACGUCUGGCAUGGAUAUGCUGCAGCGACAGCAGCGGCAUACGCCCGAGAGCUCUUUUUGCAGAUGCCCAUCUAUGACUCGAAGAAUCAAUUAUUUGACAUUGAUACAAAAGAAGGGAUCAGGCUGCUCCAACAGAUAUUCGCCUCGGCCCUCAGGCCCUAA